CAAUAUGUGUCUUUUAACAAACUCGCUAACGAUUUUAGUCGAUUUUAUUAGUCAGUGAUUCGUGUUAAUGUGAGUUCAAAGUACUGUUAAUGAUAAAUAUAGUUUUUUUUAAGGUUUUCAAGGUAUGUAAUAACUUUGCAUGACACUGUCUUAUAGUAACUGGCUACAAUAUUUUUUUUAUUAUUCUUUUCAGCUUAAAUGGUAAAUAUGUUUCUUUUUCUAACUGUUUAUAAUUCUGUAUAUAAUUCUGUAUCACUUAAUUUUAUCAUAUAGAAGCAGAUAUUUGUAGAAUACAUGCGGCUGACGAGAAUAUUGAGGAGGGAGGAAACCCUUAUAUAAAGCGAAGCCCCUCUAUAUAGUGCAGUCUUGUUUUUUUUUUCCUGUUACCCGCCUGAGCUUGUCUCACCACGAGUUUCCACUGAGUAUGGCAUCGAACAUGUCUGUUUCUUUUAAUGCUACAAACAUUCCAAAAACUGCAAGUCAGAUGAAUGGCCAUAAGUACCAUUCGAGUACUGGAAACGGAAAAGGAAACCAUGGGGCCAUGUUUUACAUGGUGCCCUUACUGUAUUGUGUCGUUUGUCUCCUUAUCUUCAUAACGGUUCUUCUACUGAUCAUAUUGUUCAAAACGUACUGCAAAAACUGCACAGUUAACAAGCGGGAUUCCAGCAUCGAAGGAGGCACUUUUCGCAUGAGUGAUCUCAGUCAUAACCCAGACCUCGAAAAUCCUACAAACAACUUUGUCAAUGAUUUAAACAAUUCACAAUCAUACAAUGCAUGCUGUGAUGAUUCAUCCUCUACUAGUUCUGACAGCUUGUCUACACCAUAUGAAGAUAAACAGAAUAACAAUAAAGAGCAUUACAUGAGUUUGAAAACCAGCCUUCAAAAUCCAGAGUAUGAAAAUGUUCUUGAUGGAAAACCCACCAGAACUCUAAAUUGUGAAAACAAGAAGGCAAAGAAAAGCCGAGACUAUGUGAACAUCGAAGAACACACGAAUAUGCCUUUAACUCAGGGCAGGACAAGCAAAUGCAAGAGGCAACAAGGAGACGAGGAGGAGAGUCAAACCAGCAGUGAGAGCAGCAGCGACGAGAGUGAAGAGGAUUCUGUAAAUUACACCAUGGUUGUGUUUAAAGAAACUCCAAAUGUAGUCCAAAGAGAACAGUAAAGCUGGACUUACUGCUGGAUUUACUUUUUAACUCCAUUUCGUCCAUGCGGUCCAUAAUCAUGACAUAAAGACUUCAAAACAUGAUCUAAAAUAAGUGCUUUGUUUUGUCAGGUGAUUAUGUACAUGAGGUAUAAAGUGAUUUCUACCAUAUAAGGAAAAAAGAAAACGAAGAAUUAUUUUUAUGAUCUGAUGAACGUACCCUGUGGUACUGAUUAUUAUCAUAAUAUCCUGUUAGGAAGGAACUGCUAUGUGCAGCUCAGCAGGGUGGCAGGAUAAAAGGCUUAUUUUCGGUUUCUGUGUUUCUGCGUGUUAGUCAUUAAUCUUCUUAAUACACUGUGAGUUUUUUGUAUGUAACAUUACAAUUUCAUUUAGUCAAAAUUCUUAUUGCAAUAAAAUUCUGACCUUGAUGAUGAUUUAACAAAUAUAUGUACCAC